UGGUGUCCACUGUCCUCUGUUUUCUUGUAAUCUUGGCCCAAUCGAUUGGAUUUAGUUCCUCUGGAAUAAAUUAUCCAUCUACAGUCUUUAAAAUUAGAAACUCAAAUCAUUAUUAGAAAUAGUCCUUAAGUCAAAUAAUAACUUAUUCAAAAUCAGUUGUGUGCCAAUUAACUUAAAAAAUUAACCAUCGAAAAAGGAAAAGGAAGAUUUUUCAUUAAACCACUUUUCGUUUUCAGAAAGAAAAAAAUCCAAAUAUCGAUUUUUUUGUGGAACUGCGGAGAAAAUAUUGAAAACUAAUCCAACCCAAGAAAAAUACUCUAAUCAUGUCUUAUCGACUGAAAGCAACCAAAUGUCCCACAGACGAACUAUCUCUUACCAAUAAAGCCAUAGUGAAUGUAAAUGAUUUUCCCGAUGAUACCAAAUAUGCAGAUAUAUCAACCGGACCAGGUCAACACUUCAUAUUUGCAUUGGAAAAAACGUCCGAAGUUCCUCGAGGACAUGUCGGAUUCUCGCUGGUCCAGCGUAAAUGGGCAACCUUGUCAAUUAACCAAGAUAUCGACGUACGCCCAUAUCGAUUUGAUGUUAAUGCUGAUGUUAUCUGUACUGUGGUCCUAGAGACGGACUUUUUGCAAAAGAAAACGGUAUCUCAAGAGCCAUAUGAUUCUGAUCUGAUGGCAAAGGAAUUUCUGCUGCAAUUCGCUGGCAUGGCUUUGACUGUCGGACAGACAUUGGUGUUUAGUUUCCAGGAAAAGAAAUUGUUGGGGUUGGCUGUGAAGACAUUAGAAGCUGUGGAAUCGAAUGCAUUAAAGGAAAAUAAAGAAAUGGCAAUAAAAAGUGUUCGCUUCGGACGUUUAACUGGUAAUACAGUGGUACAGUUUGAGAAGGCCGAAAACUCUUCAUUAAACUUGGUUGGAAAAGCUAAAGGAAAAAUUGUUCGUCAGUCUAUAAUCAAUCCCGACUGGGACUUCGGCAAGAUGGGAAUUGGUGGUCUUGAUAAAGAAUUCAAUGCCAUUUUCCGUCGUGCUUUUGCAUCUCGAGUUUUCCCCCCAGAGCUUGUUGAACAAUUAGGCUGCAAGCACGUCAAAGGUAUUCUGCUUUACGGUCCACCUGGUACUGGUAAGACCUUAAUGGCUCGGCAAAUCGGUAACAUGCUAAACGCUCGUGAGCCUAAAAUUGUAAAUGGUCCACAAAUUUUGGAUAAGUAUGUUGGUGAAUCUGAAGCAAAUAUUCGUCGAUUGUUUGCUGAUGCCGAAGAAGAAGAAAAGAGACUCGGUCCAAAUAGUGGUCUUCAUAUUAUAAUUUUUGAUGAAAUCGAUGCCAUUUGCAAAGCUCGUGGUUCUGUUGCUGGCAACAGUGGCGUUCAUGAUACCGUAGUCAAUCAAUUGCUGGCCAAGAUUGAUGGUGUCGAACAGUUGAAUAAUAUUCUAGUUAUUGGCAUGACAAAUCGUAAAGAUAUGAUUGAUGAGGCUUUGAUGAGACCUGGUCGUUUGGAGGUACAAAUGGAAAUCAGUUUGCCCAACGAGGAUGGUCGAGUACAAAUUCUUAAUAUCCAUACAAAGAGAAUGAGGGAGUACAAAAAAAUUGCUCCAGAUGUAGAUUCAAGGGAGAUAGCCGCUUUGACUAAGAAUUUCAGUGGUGCUGAAAUUGAAGGUUUGGUGCGUGCUGCCCAAUCAACAGCAAUGAAUCGUUUAAUUAAAGCUGCUUCCAAGGUUGAAGUUGAUCCAGAGGCUAUGGAAAAGUUGAUGGUUAAUCGGGGUGAUUUCUUGCACGCUCUAGAAAACGAUAUCAAACCGGCAUUUGGUACCGCUCAAGAGAUUCUCGAUAACAUGCUUUCUCGGGGCAUUAUUAAUUGGGGUACACCAGUAUCUAAUCUUCUCGAAGAUGGUAUGCUUUAUGUACAACAGGCAAAGGCUACCGAGAGCUCAGGCCUGGUCUCAGUAUUGAUUGAAGGUUCACCGAAUUCAGGCAAAACUGCUUUGGCUGCCAAAUUAGCAAAAAUGUCUGAUUUUCCAUUCGUCAAAGUUUGUUCACCAGAAGAUAUGGUCGGUUUUACAGAAUCAGCUAAGUGUCUUCAUAUUCGAAAGAUUUUUGAUGACGCCUACCGUUCAACCCUUAGUUGCAUUGUUGUAGAUAAUGUUGAACGACUCUUGGAUUAUGGUCCAAUCGGACCAAGGUAUUCCAAUUUAACACUGCAAGCUUUGUUGGUUUUGCUGAAGAAACAACCACCCAAGGGUCGCAAAUUGCUCAUUUUGUGUACCAGCAGUAGGCGUCAAGUCCUAGAAGAUAUGGAAAUGUUAUCUGCAUUUACAUCAAUCCUACAUGUUCCCAAUUUGUCACAUCCUGAUCAUGUAACAGCUGUUCUAGAGGACGUUGAAUUAUUCAACAAAGGUGAACUUCAAGCCAUUGGCAAAAAAAUGAAUGGAAAAAAAGUAUUUAUUGGUAUCAAGAAGCUACUUGGUCUCGUCGAUAUGGCUCGUCAGACCGAACAUCAAUACCGUGCAAUAAAAUUCCUUUCGAAGAUGGAAGAAGAAGGUGGUCUCGAUAUGAAGUAACUACUCGGGAAAGAUCUCAAUAUGUCAGUUGUUGUGCUUAACGAUGUUUUCUAGACAAAACCGCAUACGAAAAAAGAAAAUAAAAACAUAACAACAAAUAAUAAAGAACGUAACUCAAGUCAAUAUAUAUUAAAAUUUAUUUUUAAAUCUUAUCAUAUUAUAAAUAAUAUCCUUAAUCUUUACAAAAUAUUUAUAUAAUCAAAUCUAAUACGCAAAUCAUUAUGUAUGGGUUUCUCAAAAGCAAAAGAAUACAACAAAGUUAAAUUUUUAUUUAUAUUUUGAAGUGCAAAUAUUUUUUUUUUAAAUCAUUCAUUGUUCUUAAAACGGGAGAACCCCUUGGGAGAUUGGCGAUAUUAUAGAAGUUAAUAGUAACAUAAAAGCAAUACCUCAAGGUCCGCAAGAUCUUGGAAAUUAUUUGGUAUAGAAACAAUGCUUACUAAGAAUCAUGAAACACUUAAAGAGCAAUUUCUUUGGUCAUUUAGACCUGUGAAGAUUUUUUUUGAAUUUGUAUUAAAGCUAAUUUCAUUUCGAAUACAUGAAGGUAAAUAAGAAGAUUGUUUUGAUAGAGGUUAAGAAUUUCCAGGUACUCCCAAGUCAAACUUUUAAACAUAAAAUAUUAAAAUUAUUGUAUUUCUUAUAUUACUUGAUAAAGUAAUCAUUUAUUUACGUUUGACUAAAUUUUUUAUUGCUUCGACCUUUUUAUGCGAGGCAAAUAUAAGCCACACCGUCCCAAAAAUUAAACUAAAGAAAACUUCUAGACAUUUUGCAAGUGGAGACUUGCAAGCAAAAGAAACGCAUUCCAAUCUUAAAAAACAUUUUACAAUAAGAUUCAACAACGACAUCUCAAUACAUCGUCAACCUUUUCAUAGAAAAUAUAUACAUACAUUCUGUGACAAAGACAUUAGACGAACAUGUACUAAACAUAUUUUAUUGUUUGUAUUUAUUUUUAUUUAAUUUUAAGUUAUCAAUUCUUCCAAUAAAAU